CACCUGGGUCUCAGCUGAGUCCUACUGCUCCCAGCGUGGAGGGAACCUGGCAUCAGUUCACAGUCCAGAUCAACAGGUGUUCAUCCAGGACCUCGUCAGGAAACACACAAACCAACCCGUCUGGAUUGGAGGUUAUAACGUGGCUCAGGAGUGUUUGUGGCUCUGGAGUGAUGGCUCAGCGUUUAAUGAUUUCCACUGGGAGGAGAAGGAGCCCAGUAACUCUGGACGAGAGUGUGGUUGUUACCUUGGCAACAGGUGGGCGGAGCUGGAAUGAGGCCUCUUGUGAAGAGCUGAGAUUCUACGUUUGCUCGACGAAGACGAGAUCUGAUGUAAGGGCACAGUCCAGUCAGAAGAGAAAACCCCAGAUUGAGUUGGCUGCAGGUUUGAGUGUGUAUGACCUCCUCUGGGAAACCAGUGAGAGAGUAGCACAGGAGACCCUCUACUCUGCCUUCCUCAGGGGAAUGUAUUCCAGACGUCUGCCUCCGAAGAGCUACAUUGAUUUCUGCCACCAGGAGGCGCUAUAUCUAACCAGAGUCAUUUCCAUGCUGGAGAUGGUUAGAUCUGUGUGUGUGUGUGUGAGCCAGGAUCUGAUCAGAACAAUGCAGGGCCCGGAAGACAUCAAGCUGUUUCUUCAGGGAACACAUCAGCUCUACCAAGAUUCCCUAAAGGAGUACCAGAACCAAGUUCCACAGCGCCUGAACCUGUCCUCUAUCCAGCCCUCUCCAGCCAUUCUUCAGUACCUGCAAAGUUUCCAUGAUGUGGUGAAUGAGGAGCCAAUCUACUGGGUGGUUUCUCUACUGCCUAGAGCGAUGCUCAGACCAUACCUGGCAAAGCACCUCCCCCUGGGGGAGCAGGCCAGACCAGGCUCCAGCCCCUGCCUCCUCCCCUGGCUAAGCCUCUUCCCGUGCCCCUGCUACCAGUUGCCCACUAAGUGGAGUGGAGAGGACCAUGCGGACCAGCAGAUAGAAGUGUCCCUCUCCAGGUCUCUUGUGGAGAAGUACCAGGCUGUGAUUGACAUCAACAAGGCUGUCAACAUCUUCAGAGUCAACAUGAUCAAUGAAAAGGCGCUCUUCACCUCCAGCUGGUUUCCCACUGGUGACGAGGAAGCAGUAGAAGACCAAAACAGCCUUUUGCUGUCUGUAGAAUCUGGUCCGGACUUAACAGAAAGACUGUAGCAGAGCUGCUGUGGAAUGCAGGGAGCUGUUGAUGUGUGUAUUUGUGUGUAGUUUUGUUUUACCGUUAAGAUUAGGACCUGAAGUCCUCUGCCCCCAUCAGGAACUUAUGUUGGUCCCAUGAUGACAAAGUUCACUUUCAACUUAGGGGUUUAAGUUUAAGUCAAACUUACAAUUUAUGUUAGAAUUUGUUUUCUGUUUAGGUGUGAGAAUUAUAGGUAGGUUUGGCAACAAAGUUUGUCUAAUUUUAGGCAUAAGUAUAAGAUUAAUGUGGGAAUGAUAAUCAGUCAUCCUUCUUAAUUAGAAUACUUUAUGAACCAAACAUACGUGGAAUUUACAGCCAUGUAUUCUCUGAAAUCCAGUUUGGAUAAUGCAAUUAUGUGGAAAAAUUGUCACAUUUUGUUUCCUUAUACUGAAUAAAGAUCUCUAGGCAUAGCCUAUUUAAUGAA